CGUGCACGACCUGCCUCGCCACAACUAAAACAAAUCUCUCGUCCUACGGGGUGGCGCUUGUCCUAUUGCCUGCUCCAUCACACACCAUCAUUUGCCAGGCUCAUUCUGACUCACGACAGAUCAGUCACUACAAACACGGCGUCAUCUCAGCCCUUGUGGCACGCUUCUCUCCGCCCUUCUUUCCCUCUUCCCAUCUAUCUAAAAGCCCAACCAUUCCAACCUUCAACCCCGGACUCCAAUUUCUUUCUCCAACCAAGCUCAACAUUUCACGUCCAUCCUUGUUCCGUCUACAGCGCGUCUUCCCGAGCGCCGCAAUAAUGUCUGGACGUAGAGGCGGAGGAGAUAGGGGCGGCGGCCGCAACCCAAGAGAUAUGCCGAGGGAGCAGCAGGUCUCGAGGAAAGUGAGUUGGUUGCUGCGGCAUGGGGCGGAGCAAGAGGGGUUGAAGUUGGGGAAGGGCGGGUGGGUGAAUGUGGCGGAUGCUCUCAACACCCCCUCACUGCGCAGACUCAACCUCAGCUUCGCCGAACUCAAAACCAUAGUCGAAACAAACGACAAGCAGCGCUUCUCCCUCAUCCCCGCUUCCUCUCUGUCCACUUCAUCCACCAACAAUAAUCACCCCUCCUCAUCCCAAGACUCAAAUCCCAAUGCACCCGAAGAACCAUCCUCCACUACCGCCCCCGAAAUCCCCUCCCGACCCCCCAUCGACCCCUCCAACCCCUCCGCCUACCUCAUCCGCGCCAACCAAGGCCACUCGCUCAAACUCGACCACGAAGGCCUCCUCACCCCCAUCACCGAGGCCGCAGCCAACAUCCCCCGGCUCUGCGUGCACGGCACCACCGAAGCCGCGUGGCCCCUGAUCCUGAAAGGCGGGGGGCUGCGCAAAAUGAGCCGCAAUCAUAUCCACUGCGCCGCAGGCUUACCUAGGGGAUUCAAGAGAUUAGAAGACGACGAUGCUGGUGGUAGUGGUGGUGCCGGUGGUGGUCCCGAUGGUGGCGGCGCCGCCCCGCCGGUGAUUUCGGGCAUGCGGCUGUCGUCGUCGAUCAUCAUCUAUAUCGAUAUCCGGGCCGCGAUGGCCGAGGGCAUCAGGUUCUUUUUGAGCGAUAAUGGGGUCGUGUUGACGGAGGGGGAUGAGAAUGGGUUGUUGCCGUGUAGGUUCUUUGAGAGGGUCGAGUGUAGGAAGAAGGGGAGGGAGCGCGUGUUGAUGAGGGAUGGGAAGGUGCCUGAGGGGGUGGAGGUGGAUGUUGAGGCGUGGGAGAGGGAGGUGGGGAAGCUGGGAGGCAAGGGGAAAGGUGGGAGAGGGGGGAGAGGGGGAGGGAAGAGAGGUGGGAGAGGAGGUGGGAGGGCGAAGGGUGGGGAUGGGAAUGGGGAGAGUGUGGGUCUGGAGCAGGUUGGAGGCGAGUAA